CGUAAUAUUGUGUGCGAGCCGUGUGAGAGCUGAGAUACGCCUCGUCAUGCACUGACGUUGAAACUUGGAAAUGGAAAUAGUGGCGUGAUGCGAAGACAUUCCGAUCGAUCGCGGUCGCACUUCGCAGUGGUCGCAUUUGGCAAGCAAGCAGUCAGUCAAUCAUCAUACGCGACUUGAGCCGUACGUUGGCCGACGUCAGUUGACGUCAGUCAGAUUUCAGAAUCCGGAUAUAUCUCGAUAACGUGACACAACGUGACACAUACCGCUGGCCUAUUAAGCGUCAAGCACCGUGUGAGUUCGUCAAUCAGUAGACUCUCCUCCUUGACACUCCUCGGCACUCCUCGACUAAUCGCUCGACGUACUUUGACCACCGUGAGACAAUCCAUUCUCUUUGUCGGCUCUCGUUCGGACCAUUUCUGUUUUUCGUUCGGAGCAAGAACGAGCUGAAACCUAAAACGCGGGAAUCCAACUCAACGACACUCUACGACGUCUGUAAAGGCCAAAGAGAUGUUACCGAAAUGGAGUUGGAUUGUUUUUAAUCUUAUUGUCUAUGUAACCACUGCCCCACACAAAGAAACUCUCUUGGAGGAUGAAGCUAAAGCUUUCUUCGAACUAAUCGAAUUAGAUUAUGAAGAUAUAUGUUACAACAUUGCCAAUGUUCAGUGGUCAUUUAUCUUGUCACCUUCCAAUAAAACACUGUCAAUAUGGGAGAUACAGCAAUAUAAUUAUACAGAAUUUACGAAAACGCGAAAAAAUGAAAUAAUUGAUAAAAUAAAAAAUACAAAAGAACAACUGAAGUCAUCUCUUCAAUAUAAAUAUGACAUGAUUGAAAAACCUGGUGACACAUUACUAAAAAACGAAGAUUGGAGGAAGUUUAUUCAUUUCGCUGGCAUCGUGGAAUUGCAACGAUCAUUUAUCAAUUAUAUUAAUAAAUCGCAAAAUUAUUCACGGGAAGGUGUGGAAUAUUUGCUCUCUCAUAGUAGAAAACUAGAAGAUAAACAAACUGCUUGGAAUGCUUGGUAUCGCCAAUUUAUACCAUUAGUGACAAAUUAUUCAAACAAUUUGCUACUCGUUGCUGAAGCUGCAAAACAAAACGGUAUCAAAAAUGUUGAGGAAUAUUGGGAAAUGCUGUCAGGAUACUCUGGUGGAUACGACAAAAUAAAUAGUGAGUGGAGUCGGAUUAAUAAUCUUCACAAGAAGAUUGUCAAAUUUAUCAGUACAAACUUGGCUCGAAAGUACAAUGUUACUAUAAAUGAUACACUUCCGGCUUAUUUACUCGAUAGCUUACAAGGGUACGAUUGGACAGAUAUAUCAUCAGAUGCGUUACCCUACUCAGAGUUAAUCUAUAAUCUCAAAAAAAAUCUUUGGAGAAAGAAAUAUGUUGGAAAAUCUCUGUACAAGACUGCAUCCAGUUUGGGUUCAUUACUAUUGAAACAAGUUCCGCAAGCAGAAUUUUGGGAUAAAAGUGAAUUUAAUCAACAGUGUCCAUCCAGAUUGUUAAACUUUUGUCGAGAUGGUACAAUGAGAGUUUCUACUUGUUCCAAAGCCACAAUAAGCAAUUUCUUUGUAGCACAUGAAGAUGUUGGUAAAGUACUAUUUAAUCAAAUGACUGUAGAAAACACUCCAGUUCUCGAUACAGUGAACAGAUAUUCUGGAUUAGAAGAAGGUAUAUCAACACUAUUUGGAAUACUAUCGGCAAGUCCUGCAUGGCUCAAUCAUACUCAUUUAAUGAAUAGUACUAAGGAUCCCGAGCAACGAAUGAUUGUAUCGUUAAUGAUAACUGCCUUGAAUAUAUUUCCACGAUUAGCAUAUUAUUACUCCGCUGAUUUAUGGAGAUUAAAUGCAAUUCGAGAAAAUAUUACAAAUCCAGCAGACUUGAUAGCAUCUUGGUGGAAUUACAGGCAAGAGUAUGAAGGUAUCUCUUCUAUUGAUAUGGAUUACCCUACCUUUAUAGACGAUAGUCAUAUUGUUAGAAAUAAACCAUAUCUUUCCAAAAUUCUUGGCAUAAUGCUAUCUUUUCAAUUAUAUGAAUAUAACAUGGAUUCGACAGAAAUUAGAUAUAAUUUUGAUGAAAAAUUAAUGAAUAACAAUAUAAUAAAAAUGAUUCAACACAGUGGAGCUUGCGAGUGGCAGGAUGUCCUAAAUAAAUUCGUUGAUAUAGACGAUAUAUCUGCGGAUGCACUUAUUCAGUAUUUUACACCGCUAGAAGAAUUUAUUGAAGAAAACGAGGAAAAUUUCGAAUACAAAUCUGGAGCAACAGCAGAGAACGAACUUGAAGAAUUGGAGAAACAUAUCUUACGAGAGAUCAACACUCCUACUACAACGCCUCCGAUUACUACUACCACACACAGGAUAAUAACAAAAGCAUACAAGAUAACGAGUAACACGAAAAAUAUACAAUCAAAAGUAGAAAAAUCUUUAGUAUCUAAAUCGUCCAUAUACAUGGAAGAUAAGCCGAAAAAUUCUGGGUUCGACUUAACAACUCAAAUCUCUUUUAACGAAUCAUCGAUGCCCGAUAUUAUUUCGAACGACACAGAAAAUAGCACACCAAAGAUUAGUACUAGUAAAGCGGUAUGGGCCAUAAGUGCAGUUCUCAUUGCGAUAAUAGUCAUCUGUAUCAUUGCGAUUUUCGGAAGACGAAGAUGUCGUAAAACGCCAAAAAAUAGACGGUACGUUUAGCAGUAUACAUUUUUGUUAAUAAACAUAUUUAUUUUUCGCAUUUAGAUAUUAAGAGAAUUUGAUCACGUAACUUAUUAUCGCAACAAUUCCUCUGAUUAAGGGAGUUACUUUCUAAUCGUUCUUUAGUAUUCGAAGUAUCGACAUCAUGCAUUCCUUAAUAAUGUUCCUUAUAUUUUUUUUAUCAUCACUAACGAUCAACCAAUUCAAUCACAUUUGCCUUGUAUAUCUACCUCCAAAUCUCAUCAGGAAUGAGCUUUUAGCUAUUCCUUUAAUAUUAUAAAAGUUUUGACAUUAGAUAUAUUUCUCGAUCGAUUUAUCAAUUAUUCUAUUCUAGAGUAAUUAUAACAAUUUGUAUGAAUAGUAUUGGACACAAAGAAUCCUAAAAAAUGCGAUUGCAAAUUUUGCAUACCUAUCAUAUAAUAACUUUAAUAUGUAUACACAAAAUAUGAUUGUGUACAUAUAUAUACAUAUAUAACAUAUACAUAUGAAUAUAUAUAUGCGUGUGUAUGUGUGUGUGUGUAUGUUUACUGAUUUGUAAUGCCAAAUGACCUCAAUGACUGAUUUAUUGCUCCCGUCAUAUAGUACAGUUAAAAGAAUUAGAUAUGUUGUAUAUAUAAUCGAUACGUACAAAGAGACAUUUAAGAAAAGAGUGUAGAUAAUUAAGGCUAUAAAGCUUAUACAUAAUGAUAAUCAUUAUGUAAAGUUUAAUAUUUCAUAAGUACUUAGUAUAAGUAGAUUAUUUUUCUAUAAAUA